UGUGUAAGGUAAGUCUUUAGUCAGAAGCCGUCAGCUGUUGUGUCAAGUGAACAUUCUUAACCAACAAAAUAGGUGAAACUUACCAAUAGUGUAUAAUUCUAAUUGUGAAUCUACUAUUAGUUACUAAACGUGGUGUAGAUUUGAAAGUAUUGUUUAACAGGAACCAGAUUGAGUUACCUUAAUCGCGUGACACAAAGAAUGAGACAGUAGUGACCUAUAAUACUAUUUAAGAUGUUUAAAGAAAAUGAUAACAGUUCUGGAAGCUGUAGCAGUACAGUCCCUAGACCACGAAGAAUGUUAGCACGAUUUUCUUUACGUCGAUUAUUAUAUUCAAGUCCACUUAUUGGUCGACGAAUUGUGAGAACACCUAGUUCAAGUAACAGAAAUACAAAAACAAAAGAUCCAAUUGGUGGCAAGAUCACAGAUGUUGAAAAAGGAGAAGCCAGAGUAAGUAAUGGUUCAAGCCAUUUUCAAUUUCAAAACAUAGAUCUACAACGUGCUUCCAGUAAAGGCUCAGUACUUUCUUCUGCCGGAAAGAGUAGUGAAAGUGGUUUAAUGGAAUGUCCUUUAUGUUUGGCUGAAUUGCCAGUGGAGUUCUUUCCUGUUGUUCAGUCUUGCCAUCAUCGCAGUUGUUAUGAUUGCUAUCAACAAUAUCUUAAAGUUGAAAUUUCUGAAUCUAGAGUUAACAUAGCAUGUCCUGAAUGUUCAGAACCAAUUCACCCAAAUGAUAUUCGAAUGAUCCUAAAUGAUCAAACGCAAUUGGAAAAAUAUGAAGAUUUUAUGGUACGACGAGUUCUUGCUGUAGAACCUGAUGCGAGAUGGUGUCCUGCACCAGAUUGCAGCUUUGCAGUUAUUGCUAGUGGUUGUGCUUCGUGCCCAAAAUUACGUUGUGAACGACCAGGAUGUGAUUCUUAUUUUUGUUACCAUUGUAAAGCACGUUGGCAUCCUAAUCAAACAUGUGAUGCUGCCAGAGCUCAACGUACUCAAUACUAUGAACGAAGUUCAUCUCUCAGUUUCAGUCAAAGUGAUUCACAACAUAAAGAUGACGUCAAACCUUGUCCAAGGUGUCAAGUCCUUAUUGUUAAAAUGGAUGAUGGUAGUUGCAAUCACAUGGUUUGUGCUGUUUGUGGUGCCGAAUUUUGUUGGUUAUGCAUGAAGGAAAUCAGUGAUCUUCAUUAUUUAAGUCCUUCUGGUUGUACCUUUUGGGGUAAAAAACCAUGGUCUAGAAAAAAGAAGAUACUUUGGCAACUUGGAACCUUAGUGGGAGCUCCAGUUGGAAUUGGUCUUGCUGCUGGAAUAGCUGUACCUGCUAUGAUUAUAGGUAUUCCAGUAUGGGUGGGAAAGGAGCUAUAUACAAGAUACGAGAAAGAUAACAAACAUAAGAGGAAUGCUUUUAUUGUUGGAGGAGUAACUGCAUCUGUUUUAGUAUCACCCAUAUUGGCAGGAUUGGCCGUAGGUAUUGGUGUACCCAUUUUAUUAUUUUACGUUUAUGGUGUAGUCCCCGUUUCCCUUUGUCGAAGCGGAGGUUGUGGUGUUUCUACAAAUGGUACAGGGGUGCGAUUUGAUUUCGAUGACGAAAACGAGCUUAUGGGUUCUUUGAGUGCCCGCAACGGUGGAGAUGCAGCAUCGAUAGAUGUUGCGAGUCAUCGCGGCGGUAAUCCUUCGAUAGGAGAAGCUUCCCUUUCAUUAGGCAGUGGAAGUCAUUUAGAAAAAUUAGGUCGUGAAAACGAUCGCGAAAGUGCCAGUAACGUAGCUGUUGCUGGUACCAGUCUCGCAGGAAGUAUAGCUUCUAGUGUUUUACCAGGAGGUCAGAGAUUGGAGGUUCAAGCGGAUGUGACGUCCACCCAACGAUUCAGUUUGUGUAGCGAAACAGCAUCUGCCGCAACCAGUUUAUCAGAAAAAUCUGUGAACGCAUCUAUUGCUUUGGAUGACGGCGCAGCUUCUACGAGAGCUCUAGCAGGCUCUGUUCUAAAUUUUAAAAUGGAUGGAAGCUCAAUCAGCGGUGGUAGAAGCACGGAAGGAGAACAAGGGACAAGCUCUGUUGCAGGAGGUCAUAUGGAUUCAGCAGGUCAAGCUACAUCUUUGAGUUCCCUUGAAGAAGUAGCGCCUGGUUUAGCGAAACGUGCUCGGCGCAAGCCGACGUUAGAUCGCCAGUGCAGUGAUUCCAGUAAUUGGACCGUUUGUGGAGAAGACGAAGGUUCUGAACGUGUCAGAUUCGAUGAUCAUGUUAGUUUCAUUGAAGCAGAUCAAGAAGGAAUUGUUAAUACGUGUGGAGUGAAUAGUCGAACUUCUGGAAGACGUACUAAACGUACUAAAGAAACAGAACAAGACGCAAAUACUCAAAAGAGUACAAAGAAUUCUAACAAUGAAUCAAAGGCUGAUUCGGCAGAUGACAAUGUAUCAUGGGAACGGGUUAACGUUGCCACUUUGAGAAAUGUCUUCUUUCAUAAUUCUACAACAUCUACAGAUCGCGAGAAGCGAUUGUCGGUGAUAGAAGAACCGUCUCCUGUAGUGGUACAGAAUAACGGUGCUCGUUUCUUCACGCCUUCUGACAAAGGCUGUAACAUAAAUAAUAUGAAAGAAGAUUUACACUCUUAAAGGAACAAAGACUGAGCAUUUAUGUAAUAAUGUACAUGCGUCCUUUAAAUACAAGACACAUAGAUGCGUAUUCACAUACAG